UUUAAGCUCUCGUGUUUCGGUGGAUAACGAGUUAAGGACGUGUUCCCAAAAAAGCUAUUGCAUUAUUUUUUAAACCACACACAAACACGCGUAGCACAAAGAAACCAACAGAGAGAGAGAGAGAGAGAGAUUCGUUGUGGCUUUUUUACUCUGUGUGCUCUCGAUCGCUACGCAUUGGCGGUGAAAAUGGUGGCGGUGGCUUUGGAUCAGUACGCGUUGGGAGCGAUCGUCGUCUCGGCUUUCGCGCUCGUCCUUGCGAUUUAUAGCUUCGUCGCCGCGAAGAAAAAGGUCGCUGGAGAGGCGCCAACCGAGGCGGUGAACUGCGUCGCCGCGGCGGCCGCUAAUGGAGAAUGUAGAUCCGCUAACGCCGCCGACGCCGACGUUAUCAUCGUCGGUGCUGGCGUCGCCGGCUCCGCUCUCGCUCACACUCUCGGCAAGGAUGGACGUAGAGUUCAUGUGAUUGAAAGAGAUUUAACAGAGCCUGACCGAAUUGUCGGUGAAUUGCUACAACCUGGGGGCUAUCUCAAAUUAAUUGAGUUAGGACUUGAAGAUUGUGUGAACGAAAUUGACGCGCAACGCGUAUUUGGUUAUGCACUUUUUAAGGAUGGGAAAAACACCCGACUCUCUUAUCCCUUGGAGAAAUUUCACUCAGAUGUGUCCGGAAGAAGCUUUCACAAUGGGCGCUUCAUACAGAGGAUGCGGGAGAAGUCUGCUUCCCUUCCCAAUGUACGAUUGGAGCAAGGAACUGUUACCUCUCUGCUUGAAGAAAAUGGAACAGUUAAAGGCGUGCAAUACAAGACUAAAGAUGGAAAAGAAAUGACGGCAUAUGCACCUUUAACUGUUGUUUGUGAUGGCUGUUUCUCAAACUUGCGUCGCUCCCUUUGCAAUCCUCAGGUCGAUAUUCCCUCUUGUUUUGUUGGUUUGGUUCUGGAGAAUUGCGAACUUCCUUAUGCAAAUCACGGGCAUGUCAUACUAGGAGACCCUUCCCCCAUUUUGUUUUAUCCUAUUAGUAGCACGGAGGUUCGCUGUCUGGUUGACGUACCCGGACAGAAAGUUCCAUCUAUUGCAAAUGGUGAAAUGGCAAACUAUUUGAAGACUGUCGUGGCCCCUCAGGUCCCCCCUGAAAUAUAUGAUUCUUUUGUUGCUGCUAUUGAUAAAGGUAACAUUAGGACAAUGCCCAACAGAAGCAUGCCAGCUGCUCCCCAUCCUACUCCUGGUGCCUUGUUAAUGGGGGAUGCAUUCAACAUGCGGCACCCCUUGACUGGGGGGGGAAUGACUGUGGCAUUGUCUGAUAUCGUUGUGCUACGGAAUCUUCUCAAGCCUUUGAGAGACUUAAAUGAUGCACCUACCCUCUGCAAGUAUCUUGAAUCCUUCUACACCUUGCGUAAGCCAGUGGCAUCCACCAUUAAUACUUUGGCAGGGGCCUUGUACAAGGUCUUUUGUGCUUCACCUGAUCAAGCAAGGAAGGAAAUGCGCGAGGCCUGCUUUGAUUAUUUAAGUCUUGGAGGUGUAUUCUCAACAGGACCAGUUGCUCUACUCUCAGGGUUGAACCCUCGCCCUUUGAGCUUGGUUCUCCAUUUUUUCGCUGUUGCAGUAUAUGGUGUUGGCCGCUUAUGCCUGCCCUUUCCUUCACCUUCACGCGUCUGGAUUGGAGCCAGAUUAAUUUCGGGUGCAUCAGCAAUCAUCUUCCCCAUAAUCAAGGCCGAAGGAGUUAGGCAAAUGUUCUUCCCUGCGACUGUUCCAGCUUAUUACAGAGCUCCACCUGUUAAGGGAGAUCAUUAAAGCAAUGUAGCUAAAAAUUGGCUGCAGUCAAGAUGAGCAAUCAGUUCGGCAUUUGCCUUAACCCUGUUCAAAAUGAAGGGAGGGUGAAUACUUCAAAAAUGAGAUGUACAUUAUUAAUAACGCUUUUUGGUUUUUAGAACUUGUUCUUUCUAGUACGUUUAUAAAACUACUAUUCUUUUAAGUAUAUAUAGUUUGUCUAUCA